CGUUCCAAUAACACCAGGAUGAGUCACUUUGUAAGAAGCUUGAUUUUGAUACAUAAAAUGGUGGAGAAACACCAGGAACACUACAAGAAAUAUGGCUAUUGGUAGCAGUUCACGGUAGCACGAAUUCUCAAACUGCUACCAAAAAUGGUGUAAUCCGAUACCCAUCUUUUUCAUAGCGUUAGUUCCUCGCUAGCGAUAAAUUUAAUCCAGGAAAAAAUUAACAAAAAAUACAGUAAAACAGAGUAAAGUGUUGUCGCGAUGCAAAAGACUUGGGUUUAGUUUUAACCUUUUCCGCCUCUCCUUCACUCUUCACAUAGAAACCAUCGAAGAAAAAAAAUGAUUGGGAAGCCCAAUCUCUCCGAUUUUUGAUCGAUCUUCGUGUCUGAACGGUGUUGUUUUCGCCAGCGCUUUUACAAUUUCGAGUUCACCGAAGAUUAGGAGGAGAGAAGUCAGGUUACAGAAUCACGAGAAGUCAGGUUUUAGGUUUUGAUUGUUCCUUUCUCGAGUGAAGCUAGUGGAGUUGAAAUCCGAAGGAUCUUAUUGAUCAGGUGAACUAAGAUGGGGAAUCGGAAGAACAAGCGUGUGAAGAAGCAAAGGACAGAUGUAGAAACGGAGGUUGCGGAAGAUCAAUUCCUCGAAGAUAUAACAAACAGAGAAGUCUCAGAUGAAAUGGAGGCAGAAGAACAUAAUCAAAUGAGGACAGAGGAGAAUGAAAUGGAGGAAGAAGCAGAGGACUUGGAGGAGAAUGAAAUGGAGGAAGAAGCAAAUGAUGAUGUGCAGACUCAGACUGACACAGCUACUACAUCACAGCGUAAAAGACGCCGAGGACCUACAAAGAUGAAACACAUUGCCAAGGAUCCAACUGAAAGGCAACAUGUCGACUUCACAGAUAUGGGGGAUCCAUGUGGUCCAGGUUCUGUACUGUUAUCCUCCUACUUGGGUCCCUUAGUUCGUGAACAUGUUCCGGUGAUCAUUGAUAACUGGAGACAAGUCAGUGAAGAAAUCAAGACUGUGCUCUGGAAAUCUAUUGAGAUGAGGUUUGACAUGGACGAAGACUUUAAAAAGGCUGCUGUGUUUAAGCAGAUGGGAUGUUUGUGGAGAGCAUCCAAAUCACGUCUGGUAACAUCUGUUAGAAAAGCUCCAACCAUUAAAGCUAGGAUGAGCUUGCAACCGAACAAUGUUUCUACAGCUGAAUGGCGUAAAUUUGUCAAAGAGAAGACCAGUCAGGCCUUUAAGGUUGUCAGCGACUCUUACAAAGAAAGAAGACAGAAUCAGAUUCCUCACACCUGCGGCCGUAAGGGAAUGGUGAGGCUGAGAGAAGAUUUGGUAAAGUCAAGCGAAGAUCCAUCAAAAGUGUCGAGGCUCCGAGUUUGGGUGAAAUCACGAACAAAGAAGGAUGGUACUCCUGUCAAUGUUAAUGCAGCUGAAAAGAUUAGAAAGGCAUCAGAGAUCGAACUUGAGGGUCAUGCCGAUUCAACGACAACAAAUCCAAAGAACGAUAUGCUAUCUCAGAUACUGGGACCUGAUCAACCUGGACGGUUGCGAGCGAUGGGCAGAGGCAUUAGCAUGACCAAAUUGAAUUGUUUACAGGUUAAGGACAACUAUAUCGCUGCAAUGGAACAAAAACAGGUCUCUCUGCAGGAACAGGUUAAUGAUUUACAGAAGGCCCUUCGCCGAAUGAAUAAUCAGGGUCCUGCAACUGAUGUCAGUGAAAACUCCUAUAACAAGAGUGUAAAUAAUACCAGAUCACUUCCCAAGUGUUAUCUGGUUGACUGGGCUUCUGUCGAUGAGAAAGUUGCUGAGGGACGGGUCGUUUCAGCUGAAGCUGAUGAGUUAGUUAAUGGGGUUCCUUUAGGGCCUCACGCUGUGAAGGUUUUGGUUGAAACUGCAAUAAAAGCAGACACUUUUUUAUGGCGACCUGCACAUAAUAUGUUUACUAUGGAGGAUGCAGUUGGCGAAAUGAUUGCAUGGCAUUCUGAUCACUGUAUUGUUGCAACAGCAGGUCUCAUUCCAGAAGACAAUGCUCCUACAGUUAAGUUUCUUCUCUCUCUGUUCCUAAGUAUGAUUUUCCUCUAUACCUGAGUAUGAUUCUGAGUCAUUUUUGUUCGAUGUCUUUGUUGUGUUUGGCAGAGCCCUUUCACAAGUUCAGUUAACAAAUGCAAGCUCAUGGACUAUAUACAGAAGGAGGAAGUGGUUGCUUUAGGCCGAUGGCAGACUAAAGAACCAAAAUCAUUGGUGAAUGGACUUCCUCUUGGUCCUAAUGCAGUAAAAGUGUUUGUCGAUGAGGUACUAAACCCAACGGCAUUCAUAUGGAGGCCUACUGUAGGAAAGACAAAUAUGGAGGAUUUUCUGAACUGUUAUGUAGCAUGGCCUGCAAAUUGCGUUGUGUUUGAGCCGGAUAUAACAGAUUCUCCACGUCGUCAACAAUCAGAUUCUAAAGCAGUGAGUUCAUCUUCUAAGAAUCAGAAGUCUCCAUUAACUCCACCAGCUCCUAAGAAACCAUUUACUCCUGCAUCUCCUCUUCGCAGAUCUGAGCGUAACAAAUUCAAGCCAAAUCAAAAAAUCCAGCUGCUGGAUCUGUCUGGAAACAAGGUGAUCGUCGCUGAAGGACGUUGGUCUUCGAGUAAUCCUGAGCAUCUUGUCCACUUUCAGCCUUUGGGGCUUGGUGCUUGUAGAGUCUUUGUGGAUGUUGUGAAGGUGAAAGAUGCAUCUGUGUGGAGGACUUCAUCUGAGAUUGAGUAUAUGGAAGAUGCACUUGGAAGCACUCUUGCUUGGCCAGAGGAUAAAAUUAUAACGGUUUGACAAAAGAGCAGAAGGAACCAUGCAACUAUUUAAGUUCUUGUUGACAUAAAUGACUUGGUGUUUGCUGUUUCAGAACAUGGCUUUUGUUUUUCAAUUACUCGGUGUUUCUCUUUUUUUCAUGUGUCGGAUGGAUUGAAAUGUUUGUAUGGUUUGAAUGAUUUACUUAAGUUAAGACUUUAUGUUAUUGUGUUUGAUCCA